AGUUACUCAUGACGUCCCAACAGACACCAUAUAUUUGUGGGACUCUGUCAGUCGGCUAGUCUGCAUAACCCUGCACGUUUUCACGUGAGCAUUACGCCUGAUAGUCGGAUAAUAUAGGAGACACACACAAAGGGUCUUCCUGGGUCACGUAUAUAGCUAAUCUUCAACAUCUGCAUGAAAAGAUCAUCCUUCCUCGUUAUCUGAUAAUGUCAACCAACUUUGCCCAACAACCAGUCCCGGGGUCGGUAUCUGUGGCUCAUGUGAUUGCCAUACUCUGUACCAUCUUUAGGCUUGUUUACCGAUGCUGGAUUCAUCACUUGUGGUGGGAAGACGCAUGGGCGGCAUUUGCACUGAUCUCAGACGUUAUUUGCAUGCUAUGCAUCUGGAUCCAAACCUCGGCAAGUUUCCCAAUCUGGACCUUCUCUGCGACUUCCAGCUCCGUUGUGUGGGCUGCGCGCAUGAGCAUUAUUUUCUCUAUCAUCCGAAUCGCCAACCCCUCAGGUUACAAUUACCAGAAAUGGACCACCUAUCUCAUUGCAAUAUCCUUCGUGUGCAUGUGGGUCGCGAUAAUGAUACAGAAGAACAUCACGUGCGUCUUUGUAUGCCACACGACCAAGUCGGUAGCGCUCUUGCAAAUGAUUACCGACGUCAUCGCGGAUGUUUCCCUCAUCGCUGCGCCGCUGCAGUUCUGGAAAAAUGUAAGGCUCUCACGCAACAGCAAAAUAUUGAUCUUCUCCACAUUCGGCGCAUCGUUUAUUAUCUCCAUCAUCACAAUCACUCACUCCACAAUGCUCUUCCAUUCCGCCUCAGAAACAACGCUCAUCAUCGCGCACGUCAAGGCCGCUCUCAGUCUCGUCAUCUGCAACCUCCUGGUGAUCGUCACUUUGGUAUACCGCGUGCGCUGGAAGGAAGCACUUGAUCCAGACGAAACAUUCGGAUCUCCAUUAGUCUUCACGAGCGUCGUCGCCGUGCAAACCCCCGCUAGCGCAAUUCCCAUGACAUCACACACUGUACAUGAGGGAACAGCUCGAGUUGAUUGACGAUGGGUACAGACUAGGCAAACAGAAGAUGAAAGACGCAAACGUCCUUUGUGCCGAGGAGCGCACUAGCACGGAGGGGUGGAAAGCAACAUUAGCUUGGUGUGACGGCAGUGACCCCUGGCGGAGUUGCCAAAGAUGAUGCGCAAGCACUGUAUUCACCUUACAUCACAACAGGGGUGUUUUAUGUGCUGUACGGUCUUGAGCUUGUCGAAUAACUGGAAUUUUAAUUGAUCGUGUGGUUUACCUUUUUCUUGUUCAUUGUAUGCAGCGCGAAACCACCUGCUUUUGGG